AUUGAUUUCUUACGAACCUGGAAAGUGCACUGUUUCUUUUUCCACCCACUACAAAAAUUAGCACGACAACUUUGACUAGCAUCAUAAACGCGAAAUCAGCCUAUAAGUACCUCAUACACACUCUCUUCUCUUCACACCUUGUGCUGCAUAUCUAACCUUCAAAAAUGGCGAAAUCACCAGAGACCGAGCAUCCCAUCAAGGCCUAUGGUUAUGCUGCCAGCGACACUUCUGGAACCUUCUCACCCCUCACCUUCUCCCGAAGAGCUACAGGGGAUAAAGACGUGAGAUUUAAAGUUCUUUAUUGCGGAAUCUGUCAUUCCGACCUUCAUUUUGCCAAGAACGAAUGGGGAGUGACUACCUAUCCGGUAGUUCCAGGGCAUGAGAUUGUGGGUGUCGUGACAGAAGUAGGAAACAAAGUAGAGAAAUUCAAAGUGGGAGAAACAGUUGGUGUUGGAUGCUUGGUGGGAUCAUGCAGAUCAUGUCAAAGCUGUUCUAACAAUCUUGAACAAUUCUGCCCGAAGAUGACCUUCACUUAUGCUUUUCCUAAUUAUUCCGAUGGCACAAUCACAUACGGUGGCUACUCGGAUCACAUGGUUGCUGAUGAGCACUUUGUGUUGCAUUGGCCUGACAAUUUGCCACUUGACUCCGGUGCACCAUUGCUAUGUGCUGGGAUCACAACUUACAGCCCCCUCCGACACUACGGACUUGACAAGCCGGGUAUGAAGAUCGGGGUGGUUGGUCUUGGUGGACUCGGUCAUGUUGCAGUGAAGAUAGCCAAGGCUUUGGGGGCAGAGGUUACAGUUUUUAGUACGACCCCAGAGAAGAAGGAGGAAGCGCUCGAUGGACUUAAAGCUGACCAUUUCAUUGUUAGCAAAGACAUGGACCAAAUGCAGGCUGCUACUGGAACGCUUGAUGGUAUCUUAGAUACGGUUUCUGCAUCUCAUCCGAUUGUGCCGUUUCUUAAUAUUCUUAAAACUGAUGGAAAGCUUGUUCUUGUUGGUAUGCCCGCUGUGCCACAUGAGCUACCUGCAUUUCCUUUGGUCUUAGGGAGGAAGGUUGUUGGUGGUAGUAAUAUUGGGGGACUAAAAGAGACUCAAGAGAUGCUUGAUUUUUGUGCAAAACAUGGAAUAACAGCGGAUAUAGAGAUUAUCCCGAUAGAUUAUGUGAACACGGCCAUGGAACGUCUUUUGAAAUCUGAUGUUAGAUAUCGCUUUGUAAUCGAUGUUGCAAAUUCAAUCAAGGUUCCAUCAGAUACGAGAUCCAAAGUCUGAGGUUGAUGAAGGUGAUGGCACAAGUUGGUUGUUUGUGAAACAUUUAAUCAUAAGGUUUUUGCGUUAGAUAUUUGUUGGCGUCAUUGGCUAGAAGAAGCAAGUCCAAUAAUAUCUAUAGCAUUUACUUGGUUGUCGUUAUUAUUUUCAAGGUCACUUCAUGCUACAGUUUUUGUUUUUGUUUUUAUUUUUAUUUAUUUCCUGAACUAUUGAAAUGGUCCCUGUAUAAUAAUGAAAUUUCAGAAAAUGUUUCUGUAUUAGCCGGAAAUAACAAUUACGGAAUGUUCCCUAUAUAAUAAUGAAUUUAUAGAAAUGACCCCUAUAUGAUUAUCCAAUACAAAACUAUAGAAAUUGUCCCUAUACAAAGGCAAACGCUAUAUAGGUACUAUUUACCAUAGUUGUGGUAAAAUUUGAAAUUUUAUCUGAGGGGUGAUGAUUUAAAAGGGUGAAAUAUUUUUCGAACUGAGUUUUUUUUCGUUUGUAUUUACCCAUUCAACUUGUUAAACUGUACAUAUUCAGUCUUCAUGACCGGUUAUUCCAGAUUAACCAAUAAAAAUGAUUUAAUAGGGUAAUAUAUUUAUUACUUUAUACACAUUUGGUCCUUAAUAUUUUUGU